ACGUUUCCGAUAGCGGCUUAGAGAGUCAGAGAAUCCUGGUACGGGGCCUAUGAAGUAUGAACUUUUGGGCCUCGGCUCCUCAUUGGGUUCUCGUCCGUCACCAGGCUCCGUUCACCGCCCCAGCCCCAACGCGACGCUCGCAAAACCCUAGCUUAAACCCUAAUCCCGAUUAACCAACUUCAAAGUAACACCAGUAUAUCUUCAUUGCAAGCUACGAUCUCCCUUUCUCACCAGUGCCUGUUUGGAUUAAUAUUCUUCUGAAUCUCUUCAUAGGCGGUGGCAUCUGAAAUUAAAGAUAAAUUUCAUACGACGUGAUGACUAAUUGCCACCUGAUUAAUAAUAAUUUCUAUAUAUUUAUUUUAAGGAAAUCCCAAUCUUUUGUUGAGCUAGCAUUUUUGCGAUUCUAGUUGAAUAAUUUGAAUUUCUCUUUCUUUGCAUUGAGUUUGAGUGGCGAAGCAUAAAAUUCUUCGAAAAGAGGGGAAAAAUAUUUUUGAAUGGAAAAAACUUCUGGAGAAAAGCCCCGGAGGGAGCGUAGGAAGGAAGCUCGGUUAGCAAAAAACAAGAGGAAGUUUGAUUCAUGGGUCCAACAUAAACAAUCCUCCAAAUCAAGGAAAGCUUCGUUGGAUUUGAAGCCCACAUUUGGGAGGAAACUGGAAAAUGAUAACGAGCAUUCGCAGAAUAAAGACAAUAUACUAAUGGUCUCGGAUGCUGGAAUGGACGGUGACUUUGAGGCGCCUUCAGUGGCUAGAAAGAAGAUAGGGAAAAGUAGAAAUUCAAAAACCAAGUUUUCCGAGUAUCUUCAGAUGGAAACGGGAAGUAGUGGUAUGUCAGCAGAGAAAGAUUUGAUAUUGGAAAGAAAACUCGCAAAGAAGCUCAAAGUGAAAAAUGGAAAAUUGGGGGGACUAGAUGAUGAGAUUAAUUUGUUGCUUGACGGUAUUCCUUCAAUUUUUGAUUCUAUUAAGGGGGGCGAUAGAGAGAUAAAAAGCCUCGAGAAUGGUGGUGCAUCGUUUAAGCCAGAUAAAUGGAACAUGUCGGCAGAAGUGGUAGAAAGUGAAAUAGAAUAUGGCAGUGAAGAAAUAGAAAAUGAAACAGAAUCUGUCAGCGAAGAAAUCUCUCAGUCAAACAGUGAGGAGGAGGAUAAUGCACUGGAGCUAAUUCCAUCAAAAGAUUCAAGGAAGGAGAAGAAGAGGACUAGGAAAACGAAAUUUGAAGAAUAUCUUGACAUGGAGGAAAAGCAAAAGGGUGUUCUCUCAGCAAACGAGGACGUAGAAUUAGAAAGAAAGCUUUCCAAAAAACUCAAGGUCAAAGAUGGGAAAUUACGUGGAGAUGAUGAUGACUUGAAUAACUUAUUUGAGGGUAUUUCUUCUGCUCUUGAUUAUUCUGCAGAUGUAGUAAGCCAGGGCAAUCGUGCUAAGGUCCUUGAUAAUAGCUCUUUAUCAAAUAGAAGUGGAAUGAUGAAGUCAGCAAAGCAAGAACAAGCUAAAAGCAUGAUUGGGAUGUCUCUUGAAGCAUCUGAGCGAGUGAAGAAUGAUGGCUUGGAUGUAGUGGCAGAAAGAGUGCCUACAGCGUCUCAUGCAUUAGGGUUGAAUACAAAAUAUGUGGCUCCCCACCUGAGAUCUCGUGCGCGGGAUGAAUCAGAAGAGUAUGCUCAAAUUCGUAGACGUGUACGAGGUCUCCUAAAUAGGCUGUCUGAAUCUAAUGUGGAAUCAAUCACAGGGGAAGUAUCCACAAUUGUCCAGUCCGUUGGUCGAAGUGUUGGAUCUCAGAUUAUUAUUGAAGAAGUUCUGGAAUCAUGUUCUGGUGGUCCUCGUGGCAAUGAACAGUAUGCUGCUACUUUUGCGGCUUUCAGUGCUGGCAUGGCCUGUUUGGUUGGGAUUGAUUUUGGUGCAAAGCUUCUUGCCUCAUUGGCCAAAUGUUUUGAGAUGGAGUACCUGGAAGAAGACAAUCUGUCCUUGAGGAAUCUGACUCUUCUGCUUUCCUAUCUGUACAUAUUUGGGGUUUGCACAAGUGACUUGGUAUAUGAUUUUAUGAUAAUGCUGAGCAAGCGAUUGACAGAGGUUGAUGUUUCUACAAUCUUGACCAUCCUGCAAUCUUGUGGGAUGAAACUGAGGGCUGAUGAUCCUGUUGGCAUGAAGACCUUUAUCCAGAGUGUUCAGCAAAGAGCAAAUGAGUUGAAGGCUUCAUCUGGAAAUGGGCAAUCAAAUAUGAGCGGGAAAAGAAUGGAGUUCAUGCUUGAAACUUUGUGUGAUAUAAAAAACAACAAGAAAAGGCCGAAGGAGGAAACAGUACAGCAUACUCGAGUAAAGAAAUGGCUGCAGAAGGUGAGAGUGGGUGAUAUACUGAUUGGAGGUCUAAAAUGGAGCAAGCUUCUUGAUCCUGAGAAGAAAGGUCAAUGGUGGUUGUCGGGUGAUAUUGGUUCCACAAGUGACAAAAUUGAAGAGGUUGCCAGCAAAAUUGACAGGGAAGCUCCAGAGGCCCAGAGAAUGCUGCAGCUUGCUGCUGCUCAAAGGAUGAACACAGAUGCUAGAAGGGCAAUUUUUUGUGUAAUAAUGAGUGGGGAAGACUUCAGAGAUGCUUUUGCAAAACUUUUGAGUUUGGAUUUACAUGGAAAGCAGGAUAGAGAGAUAAUCCGCGUUCUUCUAGAGUGUUGUUUGCAGGAGAAAGUGUUUAAUAAGUAUUAUACUGUUCUUGCUCAUAAGUUGUGUAAGCGUGACAAAAACCACAAGUUCACUUUACAGUACUGCCUCUGGGACCAUUUCAAAGAACUUGAAACAAUGCCACUGAUCAGAUCAAUGCAUCUAGCAAAAUUUACUGCUGAGCUGGUCGCCUCUUAUAGCCUCUCACUUGCAGUAUUAAAAGCAGUGGAUCUGAGUGAUGCUGUGCAAUUAACUCCAAAAAGAAUCAUGCAUUUCCGGAUGCUAUUUGAGGCCAUUUUUGAGUUUUCUGAUGCACUAGUUUGGAAUGCAUUUUCGCGUAUUGCUGGUACUUCAGAGUAUGAAUCCCUUCGCACGGGAAUCAAAUUUUUCAUCAGCAAGUACGUUAUUAGUAGCCGAAAACCCCUGGAACAGAAAUUUAAGAUUGCAAAGAAGGCUUUAAAAAAUGUGAAAGGGCUUCUUUUGUAAAUCUUGGAAUUUUGCUUCCUUGCAGCUGAAAUUUGUUACAAAUGUAAUUAUGCGGAGUAAAUUUGUGCAAUUCAGGCGCAUGUAGUUCUGGUCUGCUUUGAGUGAUGCAGGACAGGAUAGCGUCAUGCUUACUCGAUUUUCUAUAUUCGCAUCUUUCCGCUGUUAUCCUCUCAUUGGCUUAGAUUACUUGGGGGUUAACAAAGCAUUUGCCAGUAUUAGUAGUAU